AUGGAGGGAAUUUUGCCCGUGGGGGAUGAUUUCAAAUUUGAUGGUGUUUUGGAUCCGCCCCCGAGAAUAUUCGAGAGACUGGCCCAGAUCGCUGGCUAUACUUGGGACGAAUCGAAAGAACCUUUUCACUCCAGUUAUGAUAAUUGGCAGGUCAACGGAACAAAGCAUGCUUCCACCCAAAGUCGACACAGCAAUACAACAUCGCGAUCCGAGCAAAAUUCCUCUCGGCCUGGAACCAGAGGCACAAGUAGGACGCGUAACGCAGAUAGUGAACAUGGAGGAAGUGAUUCCGGCAUUCUUCACGACGAUGUUUCCGACCACGGGAGCGUCCAGAGCGCACGUAGUUCGAGUGGGAUACCAGUCAUCGCGCGCAUUUCAUCUCACGCCCUGAGAGAGGAGAGAGCAUUUCACAUAUGUCAAAAUGUAAUAAGGUCCGUGGAUCCGGAUGGCAACCAUAUUAUAAGACCAGUAGAUCUGGUGAGGUUGCCGAGUCAACAAGGUGAUAAAGGUCCUAUUGUGGUCUGCAUCUUCGAACAUCCGGGAUACAACUACCUGCAAAAAAUGGUGGAUUAUGGCCCCGCUUGGUAUAAAGGAAGGAAGGUAGGGGAUAGGCAUGAGGCAUUUCGGGACGAUUCUUUCUCGCCGAAUGAAGUGGUGCCAUUGCAGGCUUUUCUGGACUUUGCAGUGGGUGCCACCGAAUGCUUGGAGAUUCUACAUCAUGGGCAGCGUCUCGUCCAUGGGGAGAUCAGGGGAGAUGCUUUUCACAUGAAUGUGGAAACAGGCCGAGUCAAAUUAAUCAAUUUUGGUUCGGGCCUGCGAACUUUUGAACAUGGACUCACAAGUACGGGAUGGUCUACAUUAACGAAAGAGUUGGGCGCGAAGACGAAACUCACAUAUAUGUCACCAGAGCAGACCGGCCGUAUGCCUGCUGAACCUGAUAGUCGGACAGAUAUUUACUCAUUAGGGAUAUUGUUUUGGACUAUGCUCACCCAACAGCCUGCUUUCGAAGGAGAAACCCCGAUGGAUAUUAUACAAGGUGUUUUAGGUCGACGCCUACCAUCGGUCUCGAGUAUCAGACUAGAUAUUCCCGACGUCAUCAGUAAAAUUAUACAGAAAAUGACGGCCAAAAACAUCACGGAAAGGUACCAUUCCGUCUCAGGGCUACGACACGAUCUUGUAGAAGUACGGAGGCUUCUGGGAGCUGGCGACUCCACUGCUCUAAAGAACUGGAAUAUUGCUACGAAAGACGUUUCUUCAUUUUUUAUACUUCCUUCUAUUAUGAUUGGACGAUCCGACGAGCAUGACGAGGUAGUCAAGAUUAUCGAUAAGGUCUCUCGACGUCAUCUCAACUUACAGAGACAGGACAUUAACAGUUUAUCAUCUGGUUCCAGUUUGUCUGACGGACGUCUCGAUGGAUAUGAUGCUAUGGCCUCGGGAAGCUUCUCCAGCGAAGAGAACACGAGUUCAGCGGAGGGAAGGUCAAAUUCGCUCAGUACUAACAACAUGUUAUUUCCUACGGAUUACAGAACUCAAAGAACCAGUUCAAGUCAAUAUCGAUCCGCCGCAAAUUCUCAAGAAAACUCUGUAGACGACUCUCACCGUUCAGGUACAAAUUUAAAGGUUUGGGAGAGGAAUAAUUCAUUAUUGUCACUGGAUACAAAAAGUCCUGUAGAUAGUAUGGCCGGGGAAAAGGGAUCUUCUGAAGGGGCGGGAAGUUUGAUGAGUACACGGAACACCACUAAAUUUCGGCGCAAAGGGAGAUGUGAGGUUAUAAGUAUAGCAGGAGCAGCUGGACUUGGAAAGAGUUGUCUCGUGCAAUCUGUCCAUAUAGAAGCGAGGCGGCGGGGGUAUUUUGCAAGCUCGAAAUUCGACAGUGCUAAGAAGACACCCUUCGGACCAGUGCUUAAACUUUUAUCGAGUCUCUUUAAGCAAGUAUUCUCUGAAAGUAAUACAGACACCCCGUUUCACGCGCUGCUGAAGCAAUACGUCAGACCUGCAUGGCCACUACUCCAUAAGGUACUAGGACUGCCCGAAUUUUUGAUUGGUCCCAUGCCGUCAACCAAUCCUUCCGGGCAAUUUUUGCAAGGGUAUAAUAAAAGUGUCAGGGCAGAAUUCAAACGCCGUGACUCUUCACCUUCGAGCCAAGGUAGCCUUUUCAAUCUCACGCUGGGCUCCCAGAGUUCUCAAGAUUUUCUUCGGGCAGGAUCUUCGACUAAAUCGGUGCGGUUGAUGAACACAUUCCUUGAUGUACUUCGAGUUUUUGCACAACACAAGUUCAUAUGUUUUUGUCUGGAUGAUCUACAGUUUGCGGACGACGAAUCUUUAGAUCUGAUAGCUCAAAUUAUAUCGGCACGCAUGAAAAUGGUCAUUAUUGUAACUUAUCGACCUGAAGAGACUCUACCUGAAAAAAUCAAGGGAAUAUUAGAGCCUCCGGGCGUUGAGGGGCACGUUAAACAUAAUGGUAUCGGAGUUACUCGAAUAGUGCUCAAUCCCUUGACUGAAGACGAUAUUUUAGAGUACAUUUCUGCCACUCUUUGUCGACCAAAGAAUGAAAUCAUUCCUCUAUCCGCUGUCAUCCAAUCUAAAACGGCAGGUAAUCCGUUUUAUAUUCGUGAGAUGUUAGACAGCUGCCACAGAAAACAAUGUAUAUGGUAUGAUUACAAGGAGAAUGUUUGGAAAUACGAUCUCGAUAGGAUAUUCAAGAACUUCGAAACCAAGAGUUAUGACGAGGUAUUGAAUACCGAAUUCGUCACGAGCCGUCUGAAUGAAUUACCUCCAGCCUCUAGGUCAAUUCUUGCCUGGGCUUCCCUCAUUGGAACGACAUUCUCAUUCGAAUUGGUUCAAAGACUGAUGAGUGGCGAGUUUGAUUCUGAGAACCACAUGGUUGAAUGUCCGCCGGAUCGAUACUAUCUUUUAUCACACACUCAACAAGAUACCAUUGGCGGGCUUCAAGCCGCGAUUCAAGCUUAUAUUAUCGUCGCAACACAAGAUGAUGAUCGCUUUCGUUUUGCACAUGAUCGUUACAUUCAAGCCGCAUCAUCAUUACGAGAGUGCAAUGGCCCCAAAAUGCAUUUUAUCAUUGCGCAAACGCUUAUGAAAUAUUAUAGUUCUGAUGAGCGAUCUCAAGAUGUGACGGCCUCACAUAUCUGUGAAUGCGUUGAUGUUAUUGUUGAACGGGUGGCACACAGACGUUCAUUCAGGAAGUUACUCUUUGAUUGCGCUACCGCCGCUGCAGAGAGUGGCGCUCGGCCGACUGCUGCAAGAUUUUAUGCCGUGUGCUUUCAAUUAUUGCAAAAGAAUCCAUGGAACAAUGAUGAGCCUGAUUGCUAUUAUGAUGAGACGCUUCAACUAUACACUAGGGCUGCAGAAUGUUGUCUCUACAUGGGGCAGUACCAGGAAACAAAAAGACUAUUGGCAAUCAUCUUCCAAAACGCAAAAACACCGGUUGAUAAAUCUCCAGCGUGGGUACUUCAAAGUCGCACUUUUUCACAAGAAGGCGAUUCAAGGAGUGCUUUUGAGGCAUUGAAACAAUGCUUGGCUGCCUUGGAUAUCGAGGUUGAUGGGAAUCCUAGUUUCGAAAAGUGUGACUAUGAUUUCAAACGUCUCUCGUCGGAGAUUCAAUCGAUCGCUGCGACACUCGUUAUUGACAAACCAAUGAUGGAAGACUCUAAUCUUGCUGCUGUCGGUGCCGUUUUGGUAGAAACCAUCAAUGCUGCUUUUUGGUCCGAUACUUUAACUUUCUACCAAAUGACAAUUGUCAUGGUCCAGACUCAUUUGAAGCGGGGCAGUUUUCCUCAAGCCGGGAUGGCGUUUCUUCACCUGGCUACUAUAGCAAUCACGCGAUUUAAUAUGAUUGAGUUCGCAAGCGAUAUGGGUAAUGUAUCAUUGGCACUCAUGGAUAGAUGGCGAGACAUUUACACCUUGGGCCGUGGUGGGACCAUUUACUCUCUCUUCGUUGGGCAUAUCCACUGGCCGCUUUCUCAAUCACUUGGUCAAUUGGAAAGAGCAUUAGAGUAUACCAUUCAAGCCGGCGACAGAAUGUCGACGAUACUCAACUUCGGUUUCGUAGGCACACUCAAAUUUUUUGCCUCAGAGAACCUGGCAGAUCUUGAAUCAUUCUGCACUUAUGGUUGUGAAGAAGUGCCUGAUUGGCAGGUGGACAGCAGAGGAGGGACCAUGCUCAUCGUCCUUAGGCAAGUUUGCAGAGCGCUGCAAGGCAAGACGAUAAUUACUUCACCAACAGAAUGUCUCAAUGAUGCUUCGCAUAAUUCUUUAUUGUACAAAGCAUGGCUUAGGAAUACCUUGACCAAUAGUGACCGGUCGAUUAUGAUUUAUGAAGGAUUUGAGAUUGUUCCUCUAUUUUUGUACGGCCACUACUCUGCAGCCAUCACUCUAGGUGAGGCAUUCCUGGAGCAGGUAGAUUCUUUAUGGUCUAUUCGUAACACACGCUUCACAAUCUUCUUUCACAGUCUUUCCUUGGCUGCAUAUCUCUGGGCCAAAAAACAAGAAUCUGUUCAAGCCGCGACUCAAAGUCCCAAAGGAGAUAGUGGAUGGGAUCUUGGCAAAGCAUUAACCGAUACUAAGGAAAGAGUCUAUUAUUUCCAGAAAAAGAUUGAGGAUUGGCAGGUUGUUUCGGAUGUUAACUAUCUGGCUUGGUCAAAGUUACUUGCAGCUCAAGUAUCCGAAAUGGAGAAUGAUCAUGGAGGGGCACUGAGACAUUACGAAGAAGCUUUGGAUCAUGCUUCUUCACAUGACUUUGUCUUCGAGGAGGCUUUAGGAAAUUUUCUUCUUGCGGGAUUUCUCUUACGCGCCGGUUCGCGAAGGCCAGCAAAGGCGGCUUUGCAAGAGACAAUAAUGUUGUACCGACAAUUUGGAGCAGGAGGAAUUGCCAGACAUAUUGAGAUGGAACAUAGCCUUCUUCUGCAAGGACCCACCCGCAACCUUCGAUAUAUGGAAACUAGCACGCAAACAGAUUUUGCUGGCGAUUCUGCACCCACGCCAUAUCGUACUCUAGAAGGGGACGAGAAUGACGAGCGGCAACGGGCUCAUGAAAAUGAUUCUGAGACAAAGGGCGAUAGAAUUGGGGCCUGGCAAGGAGGUUCCGCGAGACCUGAUGCCGGUUCUGGGCUUCCAGCUCUAGAUAUGCUGGAUUUAACAUCCAUUCUCGAAAGCUCGCAAGUCAUCUCUAGUGUUCUCCAGGUCGAUGAAUUGCUUAAAACUAUGUGUGAGAUUAUUCUGCAAAAUUGUGGAGGUCUGGCGUCAGUCGCUGCAAUCGUCGUUGAAGAAGAAGAUCCCAUUGGGUGGAGCAUAGCUGCUAGUGGUGACCCGGAGAAAGGUGCUGUGGCUCACAUACCUGGGCUGCCUCUGAGUGAAACGGCACUGGUUGCUGAGGGGGUCAUUCUUUAUUGCACUCGAUUUCGCGAGACCGUAUUCCUACCUGAUCUCAUUAAUGAUGAAAGGUUUAGUAAUGUUAAUCCUGCUUGGUCUGCCCGCAACCCCCUGGGGAAAUCAGUCAUUGCUAUUCCGAUAUGCCACGGUAUCAAACCAUUACUUGGGGUUCUCUAUUUGGAAGGUCAGCCAAACGCUUUUACUGAUAGAAAUCUCACGGUUCUCCAAUUGCUGGUCAAUCAAAUCGGCAUCAGUUAUUCAAAUGCCUUGACUUUGAAAGAAGUAGAAAAGGUUUCGGCUUUCAAUAACUCUAUGGUUGAUGUGCAGAGAAGAGCUUUAGCUAAAGCUUUGGAGGCUGAGACAAACGCUAAUUUGGCAAAGGCGGAAGCACUUCGCAACGUCAAAUUGGCUGAAGAAGCUGCUAAAGCCAAAUCUAUCUUCCUGGCAAACGUGAGUCACGAAUUACGCACUCCAUUGAAUGGAGUCAUUGGAAAUUCAGAGCUUCUCCGUGAUAGCGAUCUUCGUAAGGAGCAAGCGGAGAUGGCUGACUCGAUCCGCGUCUCUGCCGAUCUACUACUUACCGUCAUUAACGAUAUUCUAGACUUCUCUAAGAUGGAAGCUGAUAAGAUGAAGCUUUUUAUCGUAGCAUUCAAUGCUGAUGAGAUGAUACGAGAAGUUGUCAGAUCUGUUUCAUAUAGCAACAGAGAUAAAAGGAGCUCUCGAAAUGUGGAAAUCAUUCAAGAUAUAAACCUUCCGCAAUCUCUAAUUUAUGGAGAUCCGGUCAGACUUCAUCAAGUUCUUGGUAAUCUUAUUGGAAAUAGUUUGAAAUUCACUGAGAAUGGUUCUAUCACUGUCGGUGCUAAAACAGAUUGGGAAACCAAAGAUGCCGUUAAGUUGACUUUCUGGGUCAAGGAUACUGGAAUUGGCAUACCAAGACAGCAGCUGCUCAAAUUGUUCAAACCCUUCUCUCAAGCAGACAAUUCUACAGCUCGUCGUUACGGUGGAUCUGGUCUCGGACUCAGUAUUUGUAAGUCGCUCAUAGAAUCGAUGAUGGGUGGACAAAUAGAACUCGAGAGUGUCGAAAACCAAGGCACGACUGUCUGGUUCGCUGUGACUUUCAAUAAAGCCAAUCCGGAAGUCUCUGCAGGAGAUACUCAGUACGAACCUCCGCGUGAAGCUAUACAAAAACCCAUCGAGGCCCCAGGAGUACAACCAGUUCCUACUGAAUUCAACGAUUUCUCUCAUAUAAGUCGAGAUGCUUUGCGUAUCUGUAUUGCCGAGGAUAAUCCUAUUAAUCAAAAGAUUGCUAUCCAAUUCAUGCAAAAAUUGGGAUUCAAAAUUAUUGACGCUUACGACAAUGGAAUGGCAGCCGUUGAGGGCAUUAGACAAAAGGCUCGCGAAAACAACCCAUAUCAUAUCGUUCUUAUGGAUGUACAAAUGCCUGUUCUUGAUGGAUAUGAAGCUACCAAAUUAUUACGCAAAGAUCCAAUUGAUGCAGUCAGAGGUAUUCUUGUUAUUGCGAUGACAGCAUCUGCCAUCCAAGGAGAUAGGGAGAAGUGCUUGGCUUCUGGUAUGAAUGAUUAUCUGGCAAAACCUGUUCGAUCGGGAAUUCUGAAGAAGAAAUUGGAUCAAUAUCUUCAGCAGACCCCACUCUCCCUACCGAACCUUAACGCAGAUGCGAAGAAAGUGGCACGAGACAUCCUUCAAGAUGCGAAAGAUGAAAAAAUCACAAAUGGUGCAAGAGCUCCUUCUCUCCCUAACGCAAAGGACACCUUUAUAGAUGAAAACGAACGAAGUGCUUCUUCUUCUUCACCUGCAAAUCGAGCGCCACGAACAAAUUCUGUUGAAAGUAGUUUUUCACCCUCACCUUCAAAGCGAUUGCCAUCAGCAUCACAUUUAUCUGGAGAAGCUACACCAACUCCCCUCCAUCCGUAUGGAAUGGCUAAAAACGAACCCCAUCGAUUAUCUGUUACACAAAUGUGUUUGGAUGAUGAUAAAACACCUACUGGAGAGGACCAAGGCCGUCAAUUGACUGAUGGGGUUGAUGGGAUUCACGAGAAUCGUGCUCUGAAUGGAUUGGCGAAGGCUGCUAGGCCUGGUGAUGAAGAGUUGUCGCCUAGAAGUAAACCGGCAUCAUGA